UCCUGCUGGUCGCUUCGAUUCCACAGUGGUGUCCGGUACGUUCAGUUGAGUUGUACAUGCGAAACGAGCCUCCCUCGCCCCGGGUGAAAGAUGGACACUCUCGACGGUGUGCCCAGGUCGGUGCUCGGUUAUCCGGUCAAGACGCGAACACAGAUCGUGAUGACCUUUCUCGUGCCGGUCAUCUUCGAGAUGCUGGUCUACAUUGUGCUAACGACGGCCGACGUGCUAGUGACGAUCGAACACUUUCGCAACGGUAACACCGGCUGGGGUUGGACGACACUCGCCCUUAUCUGGUUGCCUUCCUUCGUCUGCUUCUGCUCCAUCAUUUCCACACCCGAACGCUGGCCGGAAGCGAUAGGGUGCGAUGAGCGGACCGGUCGAUUCGUGUUCAAAAAUUUGGCCAUACUUUUGCUCUUCCCACUGGCGGCCCUCUAUCGCUUCAAUCGGCGCAUCUUCUGGAGUGUUGAGGCCCUGUUUCAUGACAAAGGCUCCUACGGACGGGCACAAUCGGUAGCAAAGAUACUGGAAACUUCACCCUGCGAGCUAUACCACUUCCUGCAGGCCUUCCUACAGGCCGCCCCACAAAUGUUGCUCCAGCUUUACAUCCUUCUGCGCGACGAUACAUUCCGGAACUACGACACAGUGACGGCACAGGUGAUCAGCGUGAUCUUCUCCUUCCUCACGAUGGCCACCAUCAUCACCACGUUCCAGCGCUUCGAAAGUCAAAAGAUCGUAGGCCGCUGCUAUCCGUGGAGUACGGUCGAGCAGACGUGCGCCAGGCGGAAACAGUUACUUCGCACGACGAGCACCGUCGAAAGUGCGUUGGCCGCCAAAACCCCCUCGAUCGCGCCGGAGGCGGAUCCGAUUGUGCCGAACAUUAUGCGGAACUUUUACUCCAAGUAUGGCCUUGAGGAUAACGAGAAUAACGAUGACGAUCAGCAGUCCUUCUACCGUGUACCACCGCUAACACCCGGUAGCCAACGGAAAACACUCAACGUCGAUGCGAUCAACUUUGAUCGCCAGCAAUCAAAGGGUUACCGCGAUCCGUAUGCCAACUUUACCGAUGACGAUAAGGUUGGUGCCAGUGUUUCCGAUACGGUGGACGGUGAUCGACAAUCGCAAUCGCCAUCGAUGCGAUUCGGACGAAGCGUUAGCUUCAAGCUGCACGAUACCGAGCAGGAACUGAAAGCGAUGGAACAGUAUCUCCAUGGCGACGGUGGUGGCGACGGAAAUGGUGCCCUGGAUAGCAUUGCCGAAGCGGACAGUGACGAUGAGUACCUGAAGCCGGACAACUUUGAUGCCGUCCCGAAGCGAGCUGCUCCUCCAACACCCGAAGCCAGCCAUAAUGUCUUUCACCGCAUGUCCGUCUUCCGGAAUAUGCUGCUGUACAAUGCGGAAGCCUUCAUCAAGGAGCGCGUACCGAGGCUACCGGAGAAAAUGUUCGAUCAUUCCGAGGCGACGACUGCAGAUCAGGUCGAUGGGGACAUCAUAUCGCUACCAUCCCGCCGGCAAACCAUCGUCGGGCUGGAGCAGGACGAUAUGGUCGGUAAGGCGGUAACGUUCGUCGGCUGGGUGCUGUUCCUGCUGAUGCGCAUGCUGUCACUGUCCGUGUUUUAUGUGUUUUUCCCGCUCUACUUCUGGAUGGUGUGCUGCAACCACUAUCUGCUCAUGAUCGCCUGCAUCGUGUACGAGGUGCGGACACACGAGAAGCUCGAACGAUACUUUUUCUACCUCUUCCUCGCCUACAUGUACGUGUUUUCGUUGCUCGAAUUCAAAAUACGCUUCGUCCACGUGCGUUGGUGGUACAUCGGCUACAUCGGGAUCGUGCUGCUCGAGAACGUGGCCAUGCUGGUGCUGUGGUUCAACCUGGGCGAGUUCGAGUCCUGGUGGUUCUACUUCCUGCACCAUACCACCAUCGCUAGCGGGGCGCUGAGCGUGAUGUGCUUCUUUUUCUAUUACGCCUUCCUGCGACCGAAGGAGAAGGUACUGUUCGUUAAUGAAAAUCCGUAAAUCCUACUCCCAAUAGAAGGAAGAACGGUCGCUCUCUCUCCCUCCCUCUCUCUCUCUCUAUUCCUCUUACCUUCGAUUACGCCACACCGAGCAUCUAGUAAGCUUGAGCGACGACAGCGAAGAAGCGAAUCGCCAUUUCCUGUCAAUAUUUAUUGUAAAAAAAGAAAAGGUUAGCAAAAAAGCAUGGCCGUUCAAAACGUAUGGGCUCCCGAUUAUUCGUCCCGCGGAACCGCCAUUUGUAUUGUGAUAAGCCCCGUAUUAUAAGUAAACAUGACUAGCGCAUAGCAUGGAAGAAAUGAAUGAGAUUGUAAGCAAUAAAAAUGUAAAUUUUGAUACAAAACAUGUACAAACUUUCGUGGCUAUUGUACAAACUUUGGUGACUGCCGCACGGUACAAGCAGACAAACUAGAAAGCUGAUAA